AUGCACACAAAGACGAAGGAGCUGGCUUUAAUCCCGGACUCGUUUGAAGACUUGGAGGAGGCGAGAUCUGCGCUAGAUAUGGCUACUAAUGGGCUAUUUAGGGUGUUCUACAUAUGGAGCAAACCAAGGAAGGUCCAACCCCCAGAAGCCUACGCUACCUACAAGACCUACAGCGCGCAACUCCUCGCUUGGGACUCUUCUUUCUCCGCCUCCAUGUCCCUUAAAUCACACGCCCUCACCACCCUUCAAAUCCGUGGCGCUGCGCUCCUGAAGAUCCACCACACAACCGCCACAAUCAUAGGCCGCUGCGUCCCCGACCUCACCGAUCCUCGGAGCAUCAUCGCCGCAGCCAAUGACCCCAGUUUUCUCUCGGAGCACCAACGACUUCCAAACCGUGGUCAGUCUCUUGCAAUCGCUGGUCGCAGCCGCGGAGCAGGAUAUCCAGCGGAAACGGCAGGCAAUUCAUAUAUGGUAUGGAAUUUUCGAUAGGGCCGGUGUUAUCUAGAAGAAUGAAUUGUCUAGAAGAAUGAAGUGUUAGUUAGAGUUAGCUUCUCCAUUAAGGGUAGGUCAUAUUAACCGGACUCAAGUUUUUCUGCGACAGCCGAUCCACAAGCUGAUAUAUGGGCAUUGCCAGUCUAUUUAAGAAUUGUCAGCGACCUGCACCCCCAAGCAAUAUCAAGAGCAGUUUUGAAGGCUACUGCCAGUCGGGGAGUUGGAGAAUCAAUUCUAGCAUGUCCCAACACUCCACAAACUGCUGACGAAAGAAGAAUUAUCGGGGGUUGUUAAAAACAUUUUGAAGAGCUUAAAUUUAAGCUUCCCUAUGACACUUUUGAGACUUAGGGAAUUGUUCCUCGCCAACGUAC